GAUAAUAAGACGCUAUUUUACUGCGCUCUGCAAUAAAAUAGAUUUUAGUAGAAUAUUUUUCACCGAAGAACAUCGUUUGACAGAUAUUACUUAGUUCUAUUUGUAAAGAAAUGGAUUCACAAGAAGAGUCUAGUUAAGAAACCACGGGAAGUGGAGAUUUUGAUUUUGAUGAUCAGAUGAACUUUUCACUUUCACCAGGUCAAAAUCCUAAAACCGAAAAUUCGGCAAUGAAUUUACACCAAGCAAAUACUCUCCCAGCCUUAAAACACCGACUGGAUUGUUUGAUGGAAGAGGAUGAAGAUGUAGAUUAUCCUCCACCCAGACUAAUUACUGGUCUACCAGAGCCUAUUAAUGUAGAUGAUUCUGUAAAUAAACGGAGACCUAGGAGGCCAGAGAUUGUUUCCCCAAAAGCACCAUGUUUGUUAUAUACAACUGAAGAGGUUAAAGAUUAUAUAGAUCAUCUUGAAAUGAAAUUAAAUAUUUUAUAUAAAAACAUGCAGGAAACUAAUAGAUACCUGUUUGAAGUUCUUGAAGAAAAAGACAUUGAUAAAAUCAGAAUAAAAAAUCAACAACGUCUUCUGAAUCAACAGGAAGUAGAAUUGAUAUUUUACAGACAAUUUUAUAAAACUGGUAAAAAACAUGGUAAUGAGCCAAUCUCUGAGGAAAAUAAACUCAAAGCACCACCGAAGACUGAAUUCUUCAAGUACUCCUUUGGAAAAAAGUUAAAUAUUGAAAUGCACCCUGUAGAUGUAGAUCCUGAUAUUAAAGAUGCUGUUGAUCAAAAAGUCCAGGAUGUUCUACAAGCCCAGGCUGAUAAAGAUCAAGAAAUUCUUCCACCGAGUCAGGAUUUUCACAAUAUUCUUUACAUCAAUCAUUCAACAGAGGAAAGUAAAGAUGAAGAUUUUUACACCACUGGGACACCAAGUCCUGAACCAGUGUUGUAUGAUGUUACUCUGGAGUUUCAAGACAAAGAUUCAACUUUACAACAAUACAAUCCACUUGGAUCACCAGGAUCAUCAUCAACAGCUUCAAGCCCAAGUCCAAUUCAAGAUACAUCCAACGUUGAUCGAGAUUCUGACACAUUUGAAAAACUAGAAAUCUACGAGGCUCCUCUCCAAUUUCGAGACAAAGGUAUCUCAAAUGUUUUAGAGACAGACGCUACAUCACGAUCUCAUGAAAUCGUUCUCACCGAAAGGACUGAACAUCUAUUCGACAACGUCCAAUUACAGGAAGAGUUAUAUUUAAAGGAAUCUGAAAAUGACAACCAACCAAGUUACCCAUCAAGAAGCUUAAGUCCAAAAAGAGAAGUCAAUGAUGAUGUAUGUGUAAGAGAGUUGUUAGGGGAGAAGGUCCGUGAGUUACCUGAAGCUGAUUAUCAGGAGGAUGGUGAAUGUGAAGCUACAACUGAAAGUUUCCAAGAAACAACCUUUAACUUGAUGGCCAGUAUCAAAGAACUUUCUACAGAAAUCACCAAAGAAACUGAACGACAAGAUGUUAAGGUUAUGGAUACCGAGUCAUUAACAGAAAAAGAAAGAAGGAUUAUUGAAGAGAUAGAGAAAUAUGUCGGCAUUGAUGACACUUUAGACACAUUGGGAAAAGUACCUUAUGUUCCAUCAUCAGCUGAUACUAUGAACUUUCAACUUGAUCAAAAACUUGAUUUAGUAUCUGACUAUGCCCGAAGUCGAAACCCGUUGCCCAAAAAGGAGGUGAGAGCCUUGACAGCUUUACCGGAAAGCAGAGGAUCAAAGAAACGAGUGAAGGCACUGCCAAUAGAAGUUGGAAAAAGACGGUAUCCUCUCCAACCUGUCUACAGAAGCAAUACACAGAAAACCAUUCUUCCACCUAUUAGACCUAAUAAUAAAACCAACAAACCACAAUCCAAAUUCACCAACCAAGAGAAGCUAGGACCUCUACCAGACAUUACAAUCGAUAAAAGCUGCACACCAAAAAAAUCUGAACCGGUUUUAUAUAAGCCUCAAGCAACUAAAUCAAAUAUUCAACCUUCAAAGCAAACGAUUGAUGAAUUAACUCUACCAAAACUACCAAUAGUUCAUACUGCACCAAUCAUUAAAGAUAACAAACAUAGAACAGACAAUGGAUUCUCUCUUCCUCAAAUAAAGACAGCUUCAAGGAAAUCACAUUUAAGAGAUCAUCUUAAAACCAAUAUUCUACCAGAUAAAUUGAAACCAGGAAACACAUCGUCUCAAUAUACCGCUUCAACAUCAAGUACUACAAGACAUUUUACAAAGUCUGCUAACUACAAACCACCAAAAGUACUACUUCCGGUGCAGCCUAAAAUCUACCGAUCAAAUCGUCGAAAGGAGAAACAACCACAUAAAUUGCCGUAUAUUUGUCAAUUGGGAUUAGAUGAUUUAUUUCUAUCUAGAAAAGAUUAAAUAUUUUCAACUUU